CUUCCCACACAUCACUGAGUCCAUCACCAUGGCCUCUAAAGCAGCAGCUGUGUUGCUGCUGGUUUACCUGUCAGGAUCUACAUUUGGGAUCAAGCUGACUGGAAAUGGAUACACUGACAUUCUGAUUGCUAUUAACCCUGAGGUGCCUGAGGACCCAGUGCUCAUCACACAAAUCGAGGAAAUGUUUAAAGAAGCCUCCAGACAUCUACUCAAUGCAACAAAGAAACAUUUAUAUUUCAAGGAAGUCGCAAUAUUAGUGCCACCUAAUUGGAAUAAAGGAAAUUACUCCAAAGCAAAGACGGAGGUCUACGAUAAGGCCAAUAUAAUAAUUGAUGAGCCAAAUAAAUUACAUGGAGAUCAGCCUUACACUCUGCAGUAUGGUGAAUGUGGAUCUGAGGGCCGGUACAUUCAUUUGACUCCUGACUUCAUGCUGAAUGAUGAUGUCUCUAAAUACUAUGGACCCAGAGGUAAGGUUUUUGUCCAUGAAUGGGCACAUCUAAGAUGGGGAGUUUUUGAUGAAUAUAAUGAAGAAAAACCAUUCUACCUGUCAGGUUCCAUAAUCGAGGCAACAAGAUGUACCAUAAACAUUACAGGAAAGUACAUCCACAAACGUGACCAAAGGGACUGCACCACUGACCCUGUUACUGGGUUAUACACCGAAGACUGUGUAUUCUACCCUGACAAGCAACAGACAACCUCUGCAUCUAUCAUGUACAAUCAAGGCCUUAGUGCUGUAAAAGAGUUCUGUACAAAAGAAACUCACAACACUGAGGCUCCAAACAUCCAGAACAGACUGUGUGGUAACAGAGGUGUAGAGGAAGUUAUCACUUCACUUUCUGUAGAUGCCGGUGUGGCAGUUGUGCCAACACCACCAAGUAUACUACCCACAUUCACUGUGGUGCAGUGCCGGCAAAGGGUUGUCUGUCUUGUCCUUGAUGUUUCAGGAAGCAUGGCUGCAGGUUCUAGAAUGUUGAACCUGAGACAAGCGGCAACACUCUUUAUACAGAAGAUUGUUGAAGACCAAGCUUAUAUUGGCAUUGUACAAUUUACAGCUACGGCUACAAUUCGUGAACCAUUGACUUUAAUUGAUGGUGAAGCGUCGAGAGAUAAGCUUGUAGGCAGUCUGCCACUAUCAGCUGGUGGAGGCACAGACAUUUGUGCAGGUGUUAAGAAAGGUCUGGAGGUACUUGGGGGAGAUGGAGAUGGUGCAAUAGGAGAUGCAAUCAUAUUACUAACUGAUGGGGAAUCAAGUAUCAACUGUCAAAAAAGGGUUAAUGAAAGUGGUGCAACUGUGCACACAAUAACUCUUGGGCCAAAAGCAAACAUAGAUGUAAAAGAAUUGUCAGACAUAUCAGGUGGUAAAUAUCACAAUGCUGCUGAUGGUGUGGAUUCCAAUGACCUUGUGGAUAUUUUUACUUCACACACAACAUCUGAUGGAAAUCUGACCAAGCAGACAAUCCAGCUUGAGAGCACUGGAUUGAAUAUGAUUGGUUGGUUUAAUGGAUCUGUAUCCAUUGACAGGACAAUUGGAAACAAGACAAGCUUUUUAGUUAUCUAUGAAAGAAGUCCACCUGACAUCCUUGUUUUAAGCCCCUUUACACGGACCUAUGACACAUCACAUUUCAAACAUGAUGCUCCUGCUAAGACUUUAACGCUCGAUAUUGAAGGAACUGCUGAGACUGGACAGUGGAAAUACAGCCUGCUAAAUAAAGAGUCAACUGCCCAAUCUAUGUCAAUGACUGUGACAAGUCGUGCUGUCAGUGACGCUAUACCACCGGUCAUGGUCAAAACCCACAUGAGCCAACAGUCCAGCAACGGCAGCAAACCCAUGUUGGUGUAUGCAGAGGUCAACCAGAAAGGUGUUCCAGUGAUUCUGGCAGAUGUGAUGGCCACACUGAAGUCUGAUUCUGGGGACCAAUAUCAGCUACAACUGCUGGAUAAUGGAGCAGGUGCUGAUGCUUUCAGAAAUGAUGGCAUCUAUUCCAGUUACUUCACUGAACUAACAACAGGAAAAUACAGCUUGAAAGUGAAAGUACAUAACAAUGAUGGCAUGGCCAGAUUCUCCCUCAGGAGACACAGUGGAGCACUUUACAUACCUGGAUAUGUGGUUAAUGGACAAGUAGUGAUGAACCCCCCAAAGCCCCCAGUCAGUGAGGAUGACCUGCAGGCUGAUGUGGGCAGCUUCACCAGGACAGUCAUAGGAGAGAGCUUCUCAGUCCUUCUCCCACCUGGUGUCCCCCCUCCAAAUUUCCCCCCUAACAAAAUCACAGACCUGAAUGCAGAGAUAGAGGAGGACAAAGUGCUGCUCACCUGGACUGCACCUGGGGAAGACAUGGACCAAGGCACAGCAACGGCCUAUGAGAUCCGUUUUAGUGAAGAUUCGGACCUACUCAGAUCCAACUUCAGUACCGCUCAUCUUGUCACAUACGACCUCUCACCAAAGAAGGCAGGCUCCCCAGAAAAGCUCUCUUUCACUCUCUUCUCAAUCAUCAAAAAUGGCACCACUCUGUUCUUUGCAGCAAAAGCAGAAGACAAAUCUUUCCUGAAAUCUGAAACAUCCAACAUUAUUCAAGUGACCAAGAUUGUUCCCAAAGCUCCUGUUCCUUCUCCAACUGAUGCGCCUGAUACAUCAGGCAGUGGUGUGAACAUUACUGCUAUAGUCAUAUCAGUCACCACAGUAACAAUGGUGGCUUGUCUGAUUGCUAGUGUUACAAUGUGUUCAAUUAAAUCAAGGAGAGUUAAUCAUGCUUAAAACAAAUUAUGACGAUGAACAAAUGUAGCUCCAGCUCAUUGCACUGAAUCAUAGCAAAGCUUCCUGUGUUUUUGAUUAACACUAAAAAAACAUAUGAAGUAGAGGGAAUAAAUGAGCUUAUCUACCAUUCUUUGUUUUUUAAAUAGCUGAAAGGUUAGAAUGAGAUCAUAGCUAACCAAAUUAAAUUGAUCGUGCUAUAAUAGAUUGAUUAGACCGAUUCUCUUAAGAUCUCAUUUGAAGCUUUGUGUUUGUGCAUUAACCAUCAUGUGUUUACAAUGAAGAACAUGUUCUGUUAAGGUACAAUAUGUAAGAUUUAUCAUAAAAUUGAUUGACAUUAAUGUGUAUUAUGUCAUGACUGGCCUCCUCGGGUCAGGUUACCGUGGACCACAGUCCUACAGGGAGAUCUCACACCCACCAGCGGGGAAAAGAUCGAGAGGUAUGGAGAUGUAUUGUUUUUUUGACACCUCACGACCAUUGUAAAUCUAAUGCAGCAGACCAAAUUCCUUUGUCCUCUCACUAUGGAGAACUGGCUUCUGAACAUUAACAUGCAAUAAAUGGACUUUGGGACAAUAGGUUUCGUCAGCCACAAUGGUGGUAAUGACGAUAGAUGGAAUAUGAAAAUUAAUGUUGUUUUUGUUAUGUUAUUAAAAGGUAAAGGACGACGUUAUAACGAAAACAUUGUAACUUUAAGAGUUUUCCUAGUAUAUGCUGGAUGUUUGCAUAUUGUACAUUGUGUGGAAAAUGUCCAGAUCAAAGAGAAUGUUUUUGUAAAGAUGAAAUGUGAAGUUAGUUGUCUAAAUUGGAUCUGAGAUAGUUGUAUAAAUUGAAUCCGGUCACCACUCUCCAUCGAAUCGUGUGUCUACACUGAUUUCAUUCCUACACUGUGAGCCCUGAGCUACAGGGCUGGCUGUUCUCAAAAUACCCCUUUCAGAACAAGGGCGAGGAAACAGACCACUAAGACAAUGGACACUGACAUGAUGAGGACAACCAGAGAGUUAUAUACCCUGUAACCAGAGAAGUGCGUCAUCAGAGAAGCCGAAACUGUCCACGCAGAGACCCCCAUCGGAGACCUUUAACAUGUAAUUACAUCGUCAUAUUCUGACCCAUGAGAGCGGCAGUUCGGGGCAAGGUUAGGGUUAAAAUAAUCAUAGCUAACAAAUGCACCCAAGUGUAUUUUUCUCUCGUGUACUCUCUUUUGAAAUCCUCAUUCUGUGUAACGUGUCAUAUUGUGUUGGCCCGCUAGGGACUGGUUCAUCGUACUAAGUUCUAAUCAAAAGCCUAGACGGUAGGUUUGUGUAUGUGUAUCUAAUAUUAUUUUAGCUUGUUAGUAAAUAAAUAAUCAAAUCACGGGUGGGACUCGGGUUUGUGCAGAUUCACGGAUUAUGCAACGUUCAGAAUGAGACUGUAGAGGAAAUUGAUUAAGUAGCGACUGUUGUAAAAUCGAUAUUCUGAUAUUUUUUGAGUUAAUUUUGAAAAUAGAAACUCAAUAAAACCAAACUUUCCCAUGGUG